CCGGCCCGCCCCGCCGCCGGCCCCCGCGCCGCGCCCCGGUCGCGGCCCGCACCAGGUAGCGCCGCCCCGAGCGCGUCCGAGGCCGGCCGGGCACGGGGCGGUGAUGAGCGCGGAGCGCGCCCCGCGGGCCCGGCCCUGAGCCCCGCCGAGGUCCGCGAGCGACAUGACGCCGCGCCCCGCGUUGCUGCUGCUGCUGCCAGCGCUGCUGCUGGGGGGGCCCCCGCCGGCCGCCGCUGCCCGAGGCCCCCCGAGGAUGUCCGACAAGGUGGUCCCGCGGCAGGUGGCUCGCCUGGGCCGCACCCUGCGGCUGCAGUGCCCGGUGGAGGGGGACCCGCCGCCGCUGACCAUGUGGACCAAGGACGGACGCACCAUCCACGGUGGCUGGAACCGCUUCCGCGUGCUGCCCCAGGGUCUGCGGGUGAAGGAGGUGGAGCGUGACGACGCUGGCAGCUACGUAUGCAAGGCCACCAAUGGCUUCGGCAGCCUCACGGUCAACUAUACCCUCGUCGUCCUGGAUGACACCAGCCCGGGGAGGGGGCACUCCAGACAUGACGACCCUUCGGGUGGGCAGGAGGAUGCAACGAGCACACAGUGGGCACGGCCUCGCUUCACGCAGCCCUCCAAGAUGAGGCGCCGGGUGAUCGCGCGCCCGGUCGGUAGCUCCGUGCGGCUCAAGUGUGCCGCCAGCGGGCACCCACGACCCGACAUCAUGUGGCUGAAGGACGACCAGGCCUUGACCCGUCCAGAGACCAGCGAGCACCGGAGGAAGAAGUGGACCCUGAGUCUCAAGAAUCUGCGUCCUGAGGACAGUGGAAAGUACACGUGCAGAGUGUCCAACCGGGCUGGCGCCAUCAACGCCACCUACAAGGUGGACGUGAUCCAGAGGACGCGCUCCAAGCCUGUCCUCACGGGCACGCACCCUGUGAACACGACAGUAGACUUUGGAGGCACCACAUCUUUCCAGUGCAAAGUGCGGAGUGACGUGAAGCCGGUGAUCCAGUGGCUGAAGCGUGUGGAGUACGGAGCUGAGGGCCGCUACAACUCUACCAUUGACGUGGGCGGCCAGAAGUUUGUGGUGCUGCCCACUGGUGACGUGUGGUCCCGGCCCGAUGGCUCCUACCUCAACAAGCUGCUUAUCGCACGCGCCCGCCAGGACGACGCAGGCAUGUACAUCUGCCUGGGCGCCAACACCAUGGGCUACAGCUUCCGCAGCGCCUUCCUCACCGUGCUGCCAGCAGACCCAAAGCCACCGGGACCCGCUGUGGCUCCAUCGCCCUCCAUCACUAGCCUGCCAUGGCCCGUGGUCAUUGGCAUCCCUGCUGGCGCCGUCUUCAUCCUGGGCACGGUGCUGCUGUGGUUCUACCAGGUGAAGAAGAAGCCCUGCACACCUGCGCCUGUGCACCGCCCACCUGCAGCCCCCCGCACCCGGGCUGGGGACAAGGACCUGCCAGUGCCGCCUGCGGGGGGCCUGUGUGAGGAGUUGGCGUCCCCAGUGGCCCCCCAGCACCUUCUGGGCCCGGGCUCAGCCACAGGCCCCAAGCUGUACCCCAAACUCUACACAGACGUGCACACACACACACACUCACACACGCACACACACUCACAUAUGGAGGGGAAGGGGCCGCAGCACCUACACAUCCACUACCAGUGCUAGGGAUCUUGGGUCUCUGCUCCAGGACACACCCAGCUUGGAGGGUGGCCAGCUCCCAGGGGCCCUGGGUGAGGCAUCCAUGUGGGAGGACACACCUCCAGAUACCAGGACACUGCAGGUGUGUGCAUAGCAAUACAGAUAGCCCAGUACGGAUACAGUCACACCAGACUCCUCAUAACACACAGACACCACACCGCACAGUCACUCUCAGACACACCAUCAAAUACACAGACACUGCAUCACACAGACAUUCCACCACACACUCACACAUGGAUACUAUGUCACACUCACGGACCCCCAUCACACACAUACCCCAUCACACACAGUCACACAUGGACACUGUCACACACACAUGGACACCCCACCACACAUACACAUGGACACUGUGUCACACACAUAGCCCUUGGCCCAGGUGCCUGAGUACAGCUGUGGCACAGAUCCGUGUUGAAGGUUUUGCAGUGUGCAUGUAGUGGUGCACGAUGCCAUGAAGGAACCCCAGGCCUCAGGAGGGUGUGGGGGCCUGUCACCCCUCCUACAGAAGGCCAGAGAAGCACCCAGCUGAGAAAGUCUGGAUCUGCACCCCCAUCUCCCUGCCCUCAGUGGGCUGUGCUGUUCUUGCCACCAGACUCGGGAAGCCUGGGUGUGAGGUGCGUCCUUGAAGCAGGAGGUGGUGAAGGGUGACCCCCACUGCCAGAGAAAGGGGUCCUGGAUAUUUAUAUGUAAGAAAUAAAGAUAAUAAUAUUAAUGAUGAGGGGGGCUGGUCCACAGAUUGGCCUCCCCAGGGCCCCAAACCCUCCUGGCCUUGCGGCCAUGUUGGACAUCCGGGGUCCACACCUCUGUAAUUUUAUAGAGUUUGAGCUGAAGCUUCGUAUAUUUAAUUUAUUUUGUUAAACAAGAAGUGCAUCCUUUCCCUCCAA